GUAUAAAAAAAUUAAUUAAGAAAAGAAAUCUCUCUGUCACAUUACAUUACUCAAAGAAAGAAUUGCAAAACCCAUUGCAAAGCUUAAACCCUAAAACGCCUCCUUCUCACUGCAACAACUCUAGCAGCAGCAGAACAAUGGCUACGGAAGAAAAUGGCGACGCCGAAAGUAGCACCAGAAGAAUCUCCGUUCGUUUCGUAACUAGGUUAUCCGACCCUUACAAAGUUCCUAACUCCGCCAUAGCCAUCCCUUCCGACCUCACCAGAUUUGGCCUCUCCUCUCUCGUCAACGCUCUUCUCCAAUCCAUCCAUGAUGAUUAUGAAUCGGAACCGUUUGAUUUUUUGAUUGAUGGCGAGUUUGUUCGUAUGUCGCUAGAGGAGUUUCUUCUGGCUAAGGGAAUCUCUGCGGAAAAAAUAUUGGAAAUUGAGUACACUAGGGUUGUAGCCCCACGAAAAGAAGAAGACCCUUCUUUACACGAUGAUUGGGUCAGCGCUGUUGAUGGUUCUUCUUCCCGGUUUAUUUUGACAGGAUGUUAUGAUGGUUUUGGAAGGGUAUGGAAGGGUCCUGGAGUAUGUACACAUAUACUGGAGGGACAUAGCGACGGUGUCACUUCUGUUAGUGUUUUUAAUCCGGAAGGUCUGGAAACUGUAACUCUAGCUACUGCUUCUAAAGACCGAACAUUAAGGCUCUGGAAGAUCAAUACCGAGGAGGCUACCAACAAUCCUGUGAGGGUUAGGGCUUACAAAAUCUUGCGCGGUCACAAGUCUUCUGUACAGAGUGUUGCUGCGCAGACUAAUGGAGAAAUGGUUUGUUCUGGUUCUUGGGAUUGUACCAUCAACCUAUGGCGAAUCAAUGACAAUAAUGCAGAAAAUGACCUAGUGUCCAAGAAGAGAAAAGUUGAAGGCCGGGUGGAGGACUCUCAAUUAGAGGGAGAAGCUUUUACAACCCUAGUUGGCCAUACACAGUGUGUGUCUUCUGUAAUUUGGCCACAAAGAGAGUCGAUCUAUUCGGCAUCUUGGGAUCAUUCUAUUAGGAAAUGGGAUGUUGAGACUGGCAAAAACUUGUCAGAUAUAUAUUGCGGUAAGGCUCUUAACUGCCUUGACAUUGGAGGGGAAGGUUCUGCACUCAUAGCUGCUGGUGGUUCUGACCCUGUAAUUAGGAUUUGGGAUCCUCGUAAGCCAGGAACUUCUGCUCCUAUUCUUCAGUUUGCUUCUCACAAAUCUUGGGUAACUGCUUGCAAAUGGCACGAUAAGUCCCCGUUUCAUUUACUUUCUGCAUCUUAUGAUGGGAAAGUUAUGUUAUGGGAUCUGAGAACUGCGUGGUCUCUUUCAACCAUUGAAUCACACAGUGACAAGGUACUAUGUGCUGACUGGUGGAAAAGUGACAGUGUUAUCAGUGGUGGAGCAGAUUCAAAACUUUGCAUUUCUUCAGAAAUUCCUGUCUAGUGACAUAAACUCUGAUGUCUCAUAUACAUGGAAUUGUUUGAGUUUGAAGCCGAUUUUGUCCGAGGCACAGCUACUGCUAGUGUUUUAUCCUAUGUAACCCACAUUAGAUUGAAGAUUUAAGCCAUGUCUUGGUGUCAAAGAUAUGUGAUCAUUUGUAAACAACAGCCUUACUUUGUGUUUCUAAAUGCUAAUUAUGUAAAACAUUACAGUUAUGCAUAUCUUUGAACUUAUUUUAAUUAUGUAAACCAUUACAAUUAUGCGUA